UGCUCUGGUUUCAAGCACUGAACUUUCUGCACUCGAAGGCCCAGCUGCGGCAGACUUUACAUUCUGUGCUUUGAUUGCUCUCUGGGGGCUAUUGAUUUCUUGCAUUAUUCAUUAGGAAUACAUUUACUUUUGAAUUUACAUAAUUAGCUUUGAGUGUAACAGUUAAAACCUACCGACGGGAACUGACAUCAGCCUAAUUUGUUUAAGGAAGACUUUUGCAUUAUAUUUGGAAUUUAUAAGUGAGUUUAAGGGCUUAGCAGUAGGAUUAAGCGCGAUCUGUCAGCGAGGCGGGUCUAAUGAGUAUCUCGCAUCACCAAAUCCCUUAAACACAACAAAGGCCGCAGCUGAGCUUCCAUAGUGAUGGUGUUCGGACUUGGAUAAGGUGUCACACUGUGGUUUCGUAUGGCUGUUUGUAGAUUCAGUACUAUGAACAGUGGAGGGAUCCAAGCCUACGUUAGCAGACGCUAGCGAUUUGCAUGGUAGUGUCUAACUGACCAGCACUCACAGUCCACCGGAACUGGGUUUAAAUCCUUCAAAUUCAUCUAGAGCAUUGGUCAGGAAAGCAUGAAAGAAGAAAACUGCCCAUCUCCGCUCCGACUCCCUCCGAUCUUGAGGCAACCAUUAAGCAUCACUGGAUUCUAUAGUCCGCGGGACAACAGGAGCUACACAAAGAGCGGUCAUGAAGAGCUAAGCCAGCAGGCUUAUGGAAAGAUGACUUCAGGUCCCCAGAAUGAAUAUAUCCCUGCAGUCAUUAAGGGACAUCGACACUUUGGCUUUGGAGGAUCAGUGUUGCCUGAGUCUGUCAUCGUUCAGCAAUAUUAUGACCUCACCCAAACCAAGAGGAGUAAUAUCCGACUGAAUGACCAGCUGGUCCCCAAACCAACAGACAUCGACAUGAGUAAGAAGAUGAUUAAAGUCGACGUUCCAAGAGAACAUCCCUACAGCUCCCACAUCUCCCGGUAUCCCGCUAUAUUUCCCUCACACCGAUCUCCGUCAGUACAGCCCUCCGGCGCUUCUGCACCUGUUCUUGUGUGGCGGCAUCAUCAAAGAACAAAAAUCUAA